CAAAAAUAUCCCCUCUCUAGCUGCAGUGCUGUGCUUUGGCCUCCAGAUCAGGGCACACAUACUAUCAUUGGGGUCUUUCAAGCAUACCAAUUGGGUUCUUGACAUCAGAAGGGGCGCAAAUGGGCUGGAAAACGUUGGGAGGACAUGGCAGGCCCCUCUACUCCCUCUGCUUUGGACCGUCAUGCACCUGGAUUAGGUCUGCUGGUGUUUGUGAAGGCUACCCACUUUGGGGAGCUUUGGGCUAAAAAUGAGUUUGGUGAUGAAUGGGACAGCAAGCAGCUCGCAGGCACUGUGACAGAGUACAAACAUUCCAGAGGGAAAACUCCCGAGAAGUGGGGUUUGCUGUUUGAAGGGGACAGCCAGGUGUACUGGUUCACCAAAGAGUUGUUAGUUGAGGCGGGAGUGCCCCCCAGACUGCUGGAGUCGGACACGGGCAGCGCCCAAGCUGGGGGUCCUGGAGAGUUGGACCUCAGAACACCGUUGAGCAGAGGCAAGUCUAAGGUGGUGGACGGCAAUGAGGAAGAAGUUGUCAGGCAGCCACGUAAGAGAGCAGCAACCAGGCCCUCGUUCCGCGACGACGCCACGGACUCAGACGACGAGGAUGAGUCCAAUUCUGAUGAGGUAGAUGGGACCAGUGAAUCAGAUUCUGAGGGUGGUGCUGAAGGGGCAGCUGCAUUGCCGCUUGGGGGCAGAGGAAGGGGCCGAGGCCGUCCUCCGGGCAAGAGGAAUGUGGUCUUUCAGAAGCGGGCUGCCAAGAAGCAUGGGAGACAGCGGGUGUCCAAGAAGCUUAUGGAUGGAGCGUCGAGCGGUGAUGAAGAUGGGCUCAGCGAUGAGGAGCUUGCUGAGGAAGGGGUUGGGCCUUUGGACAAGGAACCUGAGGCAGCCGCGGGGCCCUCUGCAGAGAUGAGCUGGGAGCAGGUUGCGGAGGGGGAUGUGCUUGAGGACGUGCAGCCCCCCCCAUUCACAGGGCCAGCUUCACGGGUAAAAAACCUUCCCGGCCUGGCCAUGCUGACGCCGCUGCAAGUCUUUUUGAUGCUGGUUCCCCUGAGCUGGUGGACCUUUGUGGUCGAGCAGACCAACCGGUAUGCGGCUGCAAGCAGAGGGGAGCAGGGGCUGCCCGAGGGCAGCGGACGAAGCUGGAGCCCUGUGACGCUGCAGGAGCUGCUGUCCUGGUUUGGGUUGGUCUUUGCUAUGGCACUGCAUCCGUUGCCUGCUCUUGCGCACUACUGGAGAACGGGGGUUCAGGGGGCUGUUCGCUUUCCGGGCUUUGGUAGUUUCAUGUCGCAGAAACGCUUUGAGCAGAUCAAGCGGUAUCUGCAUACUAACGACAAUGCUCAGAGACCCCCUGACAAAGCCACUCGCGAGCACCGGCUGUGGCACAUUCUCCCCCUGCUCAAUCUUCUGGAAGAGACGUUUGCAAAGUUCUAUACCCCCAACCAGCAUGUAACCUUCGAUGAGCGGAUGAUCCCUCUGAGAAAUAGGGGCUGCCCUUGCCGAAUCUAUAACCCCAAGAAGCCCCACAAGUUUGGGGUUGAGCUUUUCUGCGCCGUAGAUGCGGAGACGUUUUACUGCUUCUUCCAGUGGGUUUAUGACAAGAUCAAGGUUGCGGGGGAUGGGUUGCACGACAUGGUCGUGCGGAAGUUGGGUCAGAGAGUCCCCAAAGACAAGGGGCACGUGGUCAUCCUGGACAGGGGGUUCACUGGUCCCCUGCCCCUUCGUGCUUUGAAAGAGGAAAACCUAGCUGCCACGGGGACGUGCCUGCCAAACCGGAAAAUGUUCCCCAAAGAGAUGCUGCAGCUGAACAGCAAGGCAGAACGGGGUACCAUGAAGGCGGCUGUUUGCGAGGAGGACGGGAUGGUGGCGGUGGCUUGGCAAGAUAAGAAACCCGUCUUCUUUCUCUCCACUUGCCACGGGUUGAGCAUGGGGGAGACCGGUCGGAGGGUUGCAGGAACGAGGGAGGAAGUGCCCUGCCCUGAGAUUGCGUUUGAGUACAACAAGUACAAAGAUGCGGUUGAUCAGUUUGACAAGUCUUGCUUGGGGCAGAAUUACAGCCUUGAGAUGGAAGUUGUGUCUCGGAAGUGGUGGGUCAGGGUGAUUUUGGGGUUGUUGGACGGGGCAAUGCAUAACGCAUACGUGUUGUAUCACGAGGCGCACCCGGAAGUCAGCCGCUUUGACUUCAUGGUUACGUUGCAGCAGCAGUUGGUCGAGAACACUUUUGACAACCUUCCCGGCGCCAACAAGAGGGGGCGGUCGGGGGGGGCAACCACAACAACGGGGUCGGAGGAGGGGCACUUCUUGCAUAGGGUGAAAGGGGCCUCCAACCGGUGCAGGGUUUGCUAUGCUCGAGAAGGGAAGUCGGGCACGAAGAACAUCACCAAGCAGAUCACGUGGUCCUUCGCAUCCCUGGUGCCGGUCUACAGCAAACCACUUCCGUCUCUUCUACAGCAACAGAACAACGCUAUGAAGUACAGGUCGGCUUUCGCAAAUCUUCCAGAAGAUCUACUGACAGAAACAAGGGCCGCAGUACAAAAAGUCACGGAACAGAGCUCCUCAAAGAAAUCUCGGACGUGGGGCGAAUUGGACGAUAUAGACCCGGACUUUGCGGAUGCUGCUUUGAAGCUCCUCGAAGAGGUCGAAGAGCCACUGAGCAAGAGACCGAAAGAAGAACCCGCUCCUCAAAGCCAGAUCAAAAACAUUCUUUCUAAGCUGGACGUCAAGAACUCGGCCUCCUCGGCCUCCGGCAACUGGAUGCCAAAAACACCAGAGGAGUUCGUCUUUCCCCGAGUGAAAACCGACCAGAGAGGCAAGGAAGGCUACACGCAGCCGGUUGAUGAGCCCUCCGGUGACGUGAUGGCGCGCGACAAGUUGCUUCCUAACUUUAUGGCUCGGGGCACACGCAGACGGCCCAGGGGAGACUCCUCGGAUCCCGGUAGGGACACUGAACCGGUGAAACAGCCCGUUGGUGCCGACGAGACGCAGGGGGAAGGCGAAGACGACGAGGCGAUGGCUGCGACAUUCCUGUCUCAUCUCGCCUCUUUCGUCCUGGUGCUUCUGCGCAUCUACUUCGCAACCCGAUCCAACGCCGCUCUCUGCGUUCCCGGCGAACCGUAUGUCGAUUGCAACUUCCACGCCCUUUCCUUCCCCCACUGGGCGGCACUUUCCGGCGACUCUGCAGCCCUCAUGACAGCCUGGAAAGCCGCCGUAGCCCAGACUCCAGAGUACCCCUCGGGAAGCUUCGCAGGCCAGGGGCUGGUGAUCACGGCGACUAAGCUGGAUUUGGUAAACGUGCCGGUUAUGCUGACUAUGCUCCGGUCACAAGGAUUUACUCUGCCCGUCGAGCUCUGGUACCCUGGUGAGGUCACUCCUGACGUCAUGAGCUCCCUAUUGGUGAGUUGCAACAAGCUUGUCAUCAACAACGUGACCGAAUAUGCGGCCGACGAAGACCUUCGGAGCAUGGUCACAAGCCAAGGGGAGCACGUAUUCCAGGUGAAGCCUCUCGCGAUCCUCCAUUCGGCCUUCGAAGAGGUCCUCUUCCUCGACGCCGACAACAUUCCCAUAUCCGACCCCGCCGCCCUGUUCCGUUCCGCCCAGUACCUGACCACCGGCGCCCUUUUCUGGCCGGACUUCUGGCGGACUGCCACCGGAAACCCCAUCUGGUCUAUCCUCGGAGUUCCCGCGGGGGGUCAGGAACUAGAGUCGGGACAAAUCCUCGUCAACAAACGCCGCGCCUGGGGGGCUCUCAACCUGGCGUUUUUCCUCGCGAAGGAUCCCCCGUUCCAGAAGCUGGUCAACGGCGACAAGGAGGCGUUCCGCCUGGCGUUCCGCGCGACCGGAACGCCGUUUGCCACGGUCGCGACGCCGGUGGCCGCCGCGGGCGCGGAAACGGAUUCCGGCGGAUUCUGCGGGCACACCAUGGUGCAGCACGACCCUGACGGCGCGCCGCUUUUCCUGCACCACAACUCUCUCAAGCACGGGGCGGCCGUCACGUGGCAGCUCAUGAAGGCAGUGCCAGCUGGCAAUGAGUUCACCGCAGUCCCGCUCCCCCCCGCCAUGAUCAACGGCGAGCCCGUCUCGUGCCACGACCUGACCGGUGCUGACGUCAUUGUCACUCCGGAGCCGUUUUCCGCUUUCGAGGCGACGUUUGCGCGGCUCCAGGCUGCCGUGGACCCCGCCCUGAAAAGCGCCUCGCGGGACGAAUUCAUCUCCGUCAGUCUGGCGACCGCAAGGAAGCUGCUUCAGGCCAACGAUACCACCCCCGAGCCCACCGUCUUCCUGCUGAAGUCCGACAUGGCCACGCAACCCCCGGUUCUUUCAACCGAGGCCCCCGCUUCGAACCUCAUCAUCACAAACGCAAUAACCGUGCCGGGCCUGCCCGGAGAGUUCCAACCGUCUGACCCCUCUCAGCUCUUGAGAACAGUGAACUACCUGCAGUCAAUCCCUGGUUCGGCCGAUUUCACGGCUCGGUUUAGCAGCCCGUCGCCCCAGACCUUCGGUGGGGUUCUGCAGGUCCCCGAAGCAAAGGAGUUUACGAAUGACGCCACAGUGACCAUACCUUUUCAGCUCGACGCGGCUACCGCCGCCCUCUGCGGGCCCACGUGCAAAGCCGUGUGCCAGGUCGACGACGGAGCGCCCGAACCGUGCGGAGGCACCAAGGCCGUCUCCGAGCCGGGCGACCUGCCAGACGGCUACCACAGGGUGACGGCCGCCUUUUACCCCGCCCCGGAGGAACCUGCCGCUGUUGCAAUACUCAGCACCUUCUUCACCGUUGGAACGGUUUCGCCAAAUUUGACUCGGACUCAGUUUUGGAACACUCGCGGGUUCACAGUUCGGUCUUAG